AUGCCUGUGCUGGAUAAACUACGACGCGGUGAGCCAGUUGAUGGCAGCCCAAGUCCCUCAACUUUUGCCCAACGCCAAAAGAUCGUAGUAGUUGGCCUGGGCAUGGUGGCUAUCUCGUUAAUCGAGAAAAUCAUCAAGCAAGACACAGAUCGGAAAUAUGAUAUCCUCGUCAUCGGCGAAGAGUCCCAUGUAGCAUACAAUCGGGUGGGACUGUCGUCAUUUUUUGAACAUCGCAAGAUCGAGAAUCUAUAUCUCAAUCCGACAAUAUGGUACGAUUCAUUCAAAGAACGAGCCUUCGACCAUCACCUAAACACCCGAGUAACCGCAAUCAACCCAACAAUCCAAACGGUCCAAACAUCAACUGGCGAAACAAUCACUUACGAUAUCCUGGUUCUCGCAACAGGCUCCGAUGCAACCCUACCAACACGAACCCCCGGCUAUGACGCCAAAGGUGUCUUUGUAUACCGCACCAUCUCAGAUCUGGAACGUCUCAUCGACUUUGCAGCACAGCAUAAAGGCGAAACAGCCGUUACGGUCGGUGGUGGUUUGCUCGGACUUGAAGCUGCGAAAGCUAUGACUGACCUGGAAGAUUUCGGGAAUGUCAAGUUGAUCGAUCGGAAUAAGUGGGUGCUGGCUCGCCAAUUGGAUGGUGACGCGGGGAUGUUAGUUACCCGCAAGAUUCGGGACCUGGGGCUUGAUGUUCUUCAUCAGAAGCGGGUGAAGACUGUGAAUACGGACGAAGACAAUAAUGUCGUGGGUAUUACCUUCGAGGAUGGUGAGAGUAUUGAUUGUUGUUGCAUUUGCUUUGCGAUUGGAGUCCAACCUCGAGAUGAAUUGGGUCGAGAUAUUGGAAUCCAAUGCGGCGAGCGUGGAGGUUUUGUCAUUGAUGAGAGCCUACAAACCUCGAUCCCAAAUAUUUACGCAGUAGGAGAAUGCGCAAGUUGGGAGAACCAGACAUUCGGAAUUAUUGCGCCCGGCAUUGAGAUGGCCGACGUUUUGGCUUUUAAUCUUACCAAUCCACAAAGGCCUUCCAGAAGCUUCACACGGCCGGAUCUCAGCACAAAACUCAAGCUACUUGGAGUUGAUGUCGCUAGUUUUGGUGAUUUCUUUGCUGAUAGAGACGGCCCCAAAUUUCUUCCUGGUAGGCGACCUUCCAUUGCUGUUGGCUCGGGAGAUGGCGCAAAAGAAGAGCCUGAUGUCAAGGCUUUGACAUACAAAGAUCCAUUCUCUGGGGUGUACAAGAAGUAUCUUUUCACCAUGGAUGGGAAAUUCCUUCUGGGGGGCAUGAUGAUUGGAGAUACUAAGGAUUAUCUGAAGCUGAACCAGAUGGUGAAGCUCCAAAAGGAACUUGAGAUACCUCCAAGCCAAUUUAUUCUUGGUGCACAGAAUGGAGGAGAAGAAAAUGCAGACGACCUGGAUGACAGUACGCAGAUCUGUUCCUGUCACAACGUCACCAAAGGCGAUGUGGUCGACAGCGUGAAGAAUGGCACUUGCAGAACAAUCGCCGAGGUCAAGUCCUGUACGAAAGUAGGGACAGGCUGUGGUGGCUGUAUGCCGCUGGCGCAGUCCAUUUUCAACAAGACCAUGGUGGGCAUGGGCCAAGAAGUCUCUAACCAUUUGUGCUCUCAUAUCCCGUUUUCGCGAGCAGAUCUAUACAACAUUGUGGCUAUCAAGCAACUGAAGACAUUCCCCGAAGUAAUGAAAGGCGCAGGCAAGAACCCGGACUCUCUUGGUUGCGAACUUUGCAAGCCGGCGAUUGGAUCAAUAUUGUCUAGUCUUUACAACCCUUAUAUCAUGGACAAAGGCUUCAACGACCUUCAAGACACCAAUGACAAGUUUCUCGCCAAUAUCCAAAGAAACGGCACGUUCUCCGUGGUUCCUCGAGUCCCUGGUGGAGAAAUCACAGCCGAUAAGCUUAUUGCCAUAGGAUCUGUGGCGAAGAAGUAUGGAUUGUAUUGCAAGAUCACCGGUGCUCAGCGCAUUGACCUGUUCGGUGCGAAGAAGCAGGAUCUUCUGAAUAUCUGGACGGAGCUGGUGGAUGCAGGUAUGGAGAGUGGACAUGCCUAUGCGAAGGCACUCCGAGCAAUCAAGAGUUGUGUUGGAACUACGUGGUGUCGUUUCGGUGUGGGUGACAGUGUCGGCAUGGCGAUUCGCCUAGAAGAGCGAUACAAGAGUAUCCGCGCACCGCACAAGUUCAAAGGAGCAGUUUCCGGAUGCGUGAGAGAGUGUGCCGAGGCACAAAACAAAGAUUUCGGACUUAUUGCCACAGAAAAGGGGUUCAAUAUCUUUGUCGGAGGCAAUGGCGGCGCAAAGCCCAGACACGCCGAGCUUCUUGUGACAGACGUUCCAGCGGAGAUGGUGAUGCCUAUCAUCGACCGUUAUUUGAUCUUCUACAUCAGGACUGCCGAUAAGCUCCAACGAACAGCUCGAUGGAUCGAGAAUCUCCCCGGUGGAAUCCACUACCUCAAGGAAGUGAUUGUCGAGGACAAACUUGGUAUCUGCGCCGAUAUGGAACGGCAAAUGAACGAACUAGUUGAUAGCUACUUCUGCGAGUGGACGGAGACUGUUAAAGAUCCAAAGCGCCGCAAAGUCUUCCAACAGUUCGCCAACACAGAUGAAACAGUUGAAAACGUAGAGGUCGUGCAAGAACGUUCCCAACAACGCCCUACAUACUGGCCAAAGGACUCGGAUGCCACGCCGCAAGACUUCAAGGGUCACCAGUGGUCCAGUGUCUCCUGGCAACCUGUCGUUCGAGCAGAUCAUUUCUCUGACGAGCCGCCGCAGGUUUCAUCUGCGAAUGUCAAGCGUGGCGAUACCCAGCUUGCCGUUUUCAAGAUCAAGGGCAAGUUCUACGCAACGCAGCAGAUGUGCCCGCACAAGCGCGCGUUUGUUCUUUCCGAUGGCCUUGUUGGGGACGACGAUGCUGGGAAAUACUGGGUGUCGUGUCCUUAUCACAAACGCAACUUCGAUCUCAAUGGUGAGCAGGCCGGGCGGUGCUCGAAUGAUGAGAGUAUGAACAUUGCUACAUUCCCUGUUGAGGAGCGGGAUGAUGGGUGGGUCUAUCUUAAACUCCCUUCAGUUGAAGAGAUGGAUUCGAUUUUAGGGACAGAGAAGUGGAAGGUGCGAAAAGGCGAGGUGGAGGAUCCCUUCCACAAAGUUGAUAAAAAGUUCAAGGGCAUGAAGGGAAAGAAGGUCCUUGAUGGCUUCUUGACUAAAUCGCCAGUUGUGCAACCAGCCAAGACAAUUGACUGGUAA